AUGUCGCUCAUCUUGGGGGCCGACCUCCCGUCCUGUCCCUCCUCUUGGCAUUUUGUAGAUUAUCCCAGCGUGACAUUCACGUACGCGGCGAUCGCGGCAGCCGCCCUGGUGUUCGCGCUGGUGGCCGGCAUCAAGUACAACAGCGUCAAGGUGUUCAAUCGCUCCAUCCGCACCGAGAACAUCUCCAACACCCUGUGGAUCCUCUUCUACAUCUUUAUUUCUCUCAGAGCGACGGUGAACACGCUGCGGUACGCGCUGGCGGAUGGAAGCGAGGAGACGCUGGACAACUACCUGAUCUACUCGGGUCUGGUCAUCCACGGCCUCACCGGCUUCUGCCUCACACUCGCCCUCAACCACCAACACAAGUUCCGCUCCACCAGCCCGAACGCGCAGCCUGGUCCGGUCGGCGGCAAGGCUGGCCCCAAUGAUCCGGAUCCGCUGCUGUCCAAGUACGGGUGGCUCAAGAAGUCGGUCGGGUGGGCCGAGCUGCUCUACUUUGCCCUCUUCCUCCUCUACCUCGCCUUCGUACUCGUCAUGAUCAUACGACGAGACGAGGACGACGAGUGGGUCUGGGUGGCCGUGUUCUUGAGCGUCUUCGGCCUCCAGCGCGUGCCCGUCAUCGUCCUCGUCUUCCUCAUCGCCCUCGGCAAAAGGGAUACGCCCGACGGUCCGACGGCGUGGGCCAAGGCCUACCUGGUGGUGGGCGUGUUCUUUUCCCUCACCAACGACAUGCCCGUACACAUCUGGGCCGAACUCUUCCCCAGCGAGUGCACGUUUGUGUUUGCGAGUUGGGUGGAUCUGAUCCACGUCUUCUACCUGCCCACGUUGGUCUGCUUCUUCCUCUUCAUCCGAUCCGAGUACCUCCGAAACAUGGAGGAGUGCAUCUGGACCACCGUCUCGCAAAUCCAAGACACCUUUGACUUCCGACGAUUUUAA